AUGUCGUGCCAACAUGUCCGAAAUCAUGGAAGUCAUGGGCAUCACCAUCACCAUCACCAUGAUACUGCAUACUUAGUUUCCAAAAACAAGCGCGACCCCGGCGUCCGCAUCACGCGAAUCGGGCUGCUGGCGAACCUCUGCAUGGCGGUUGGUAAAGGUGUAGGGGGAUAUGUGUUCCACUCUCAGGCCUUGGUAGCCGACGCGUACCAUGCCCUUACAGAUCUGGUGUCCGAUUUCAUGACACUGGCGACAGUAACAUGGUCGCUUAAACCGCCAUCGUCGAAGUUCCCUACCGGGUACGGCAAGGUAGAAACACUAGGCGCGUUGGGAGUCAGCAGCUUGCUUUUAUGUGGAGGCUUCUUGAUGGGCUUGAAUGCUGCUGAAGUUUUGCUGGUGCAGUUUUUCCCAGAUAUUGCUGAUAUGGCUGCGCAUUUGGGGCUUCUCGGACAUGGUCACUCUCAUGGGCAUAGCCAUUCUCAUGAUGUUGCUCACGGGCCUAACAUCAACGCUGCUUGGUUGGCUGCAGGAUCCAUCGUGAUCAAAGAAUGGUUGUAUCGUGCAACUAUGAAAAUUGCCAUUGAACGCAAAUCAUCUGUGCUUGCGUCCAACGCUGUUCACCACCGUGUUGAUUCGCUUACAAGCAUUGUUGCCCUCCUGACAAUUGGCGGAGCCCACGUAUUUACAGAUGCGUCCUGGUUGGAUCCUGUUGGAGGGCUUCUGAUCUCGUUGAUGGUUAUCAGGGCAGGAUGGGGAAAUACAAAGACGUCUCUGUUGGAGCUGGCGGAUGUGGGCGUGGAACAAGAGAUGAUUGACUCGGUCAGAAAAUCAGCCAUGAAAGCCUUGGCUACUACUCCCAAUGGAAGCGAAGUCGAGAUUCGGGAUAUCCAAGGUGUCAAAUCAGGGCCAAACUACCUCAUGGAUAUAGAGAUGGCAGUUCCGGAAACUUGGUCCGUUGGCCACACGCGCCACAUCGAGGAGUUGGUGCGAGGGCGAGUAGGCUCGCGCGUCCGAGGCAUUAAACGGUUGAAGAUGCGCUUUACACCAAACACUGAGCGAGAGAUCACAUUCGCAGAAGAAUUCAUUGCAGCGGAUAUCAGUCCUCGAAGCAGUCCCGAGCCAGAGAUGGAGGAUAACGUUGCCGAAGCAGCUACCGGCACGAAACUAGAAGUGGAUGGGGUACGUAAACGGGGAUGA